CAAACAAGUUAGUUUGAUAAUUUAAAAGCUGUGUUUAGAUACUCAACGUCUUAAAAAAUUGUACGGUAUAAUUGUCUGACAUAAAACGAAAAGGCAAUGAAAACGAAAUGGACAUACGAACAGAUAAUCGUGCUUAUAUUACUGGCGGUUCUGACUGGAAUUCGACCCGCAGCCGUACUUAACAACAACAUCGUUAUUCCUUUAAAACAAUCGGCGAACAACGACACGGGAGGUGUCGCAGAUAAUGAGGACGCAGCAAAAGAACAGAAUCCACAGGUACCUCCGAUAUUUUUUCCUUCGUCUGGAGUGGUGAACGAAACAAGCAAUGUAACUGAAAAUAUGGACGACGACACGACCACUGUAACUGCAGUUGUGAAUGCGACAGCACAGAAAACGGUAGGUCCUCAAACUAGAAACAAGCCGUCGACAAAUACACUAACUACAACAGCAACGUCAUCAGCAACAACGAUACUGACUACACGUUUUUCUUCUACAGUAGCACAAACAACAACGAUACCAAUAACAACACCAGAAGCUACCAAGCCAGCAAAUCUAACGACAUUGUCUACAAAAGCGGUGACAGAAAAGCCAACUAGUAAACUAACAUCAACAGCAGUACCAUCGACACAAACGCAUUCAAAACACGCAACAGAUUCGCCUACAUCUGGAAGUACUUUAACAACUGUUAAACCCACAACAACAACGACGGUCAUUAUGCCAUCCACAGAACCAUCUACAAAAUUUUCGGAAACAUCUUCUGCUAAAAACACGUCAAUAUCAGCAAACAAAAGCACAGUGUCGGUGUCAAUAUCUCAUACCCCAGAAUUACCAGUGACAAAAACAGCCGUACCUGAGGUUACCAACUCUAGCUUGACUGAAUUGUUUAACUCAACAAUAUUAAACACAAACAUUACAAACAAUUUCUUGAGUUCAAAAGCUGAUGACCGUAACUCCCAUGAUACAUUCUGGCCCAUAGCGAUGGGUCUGACCAUGGGACUUCCUUCUUUGAUUGUGCUCGGUGUCACGGUAGCCGUGCUAUACAAAAAGCGUCGUCACGGCGCACACAGGGGACUGUUGUCUUCAAUGUACGAAGAGAAUUGAUACCGAUUUGUUUGCAUGUUUUAUUCCUGUUUUUUUAAUGGCUGAAAUAUUAUAAAGCACAAUUAUUUGUUCUAAUAUAUGCGGCGAUGAUUCAGUUUAUCAGCUUGCUCGAUUGUAUACGUGCUAUCACGCAUUAGAAUUAAAUCAAAGUACUGACAGUACUCGUGUGACGAUGCUUUUGAAGAGGAUUGAUAUAAAAGUUUAUCUAUUUAA